AUGUAUGCACGUGAUGGAUGGGAUGGUUGUACACUUCAGCUGGCCAACGACUCAUUAAAGUUGCCCCUGAGGCCUCUAAUGAGGCCUUUAAUUCAGAAGAAGCACACCGUAGUUGAAGCAGCCGUAUUGCAGCCAGUGAGGUGCCCAGCAAGGUGCACGGUACCAGUCAAGUGCGGAGGUUUCGAAAUUUAUAUUGAAUUGAUGAGUGGUAGUGGAGAUGAAAUGGGACCGCUUAACAAGGAUACAUUUCUUGAAGGGUCAGAGGGGAAAAGAGGGAUGGCAUGGCACAGUCUAGGACAAUUGCUCCUUGAAUGCGCUUCUCGUCGUUUGUCCAUUGUUGAUAUGUCCAGAUCAUUUGUGCUACCGCAUGCAGUCCUGUUAUCUUUGCUCAUCCCAUCACCCAUUUUGGAUCUUUCAUGCUUUAUUCUAUCACAUGAUCAGGUUCUGACAUUUCUUAUGAAUUCUUAUCGUGCUUUGGGAUUUCCUGUUAUUUUUACCAGUUGA